CUGGACCUGGGAGGUGUGCUUGGCGGGUGGCCGUGAGAGGUUUUGGCGGACAUGGCUCCCACCGCGUUAGCGACCGAUCCCAAACCGAAUUAUCCUAAAGGCAUUCGGGCGGUACUAUUGGGGCCUCCCGGAGCUGGCAAAGGUACCCAGGCACCCAAACUGGCCGAGAACUUCUGUGUCUGUCAUUUGGCCACUGGUGAUAUGCUGAGGGCCAUGGUGGCUUCUGGCCCUGAACUAGGGAAAAAGCUGAAGGCAACUAUGGAUGAUGGGAAGCUGGUGAGUGAUGAGAUGGUAGUGGAACUUAUUGAGAAGAAUUUGGAGACCCCUUCAUGCAAAAAUGGCUUCCUUCUAGACGGCUUCCCUCGGACUGUGAGGCAGGCUGAAAUGCUUGAUGACCUCAUGGAGAAGAGGAAAGAGAAGUUUGAUUCCGUGAUUGAGUUCUGCAUCCCAGACUCCCUGCUGAUCUGGAGAAUCACUGGAAGGCUGAUUCAUCCCAAGAGUGGCCGGUCCUACCACGAGGAGUUCAACCCCCCAAAAGAGCCCAUGAAAGAUGACAUCACUGGGGAACCCCUGAUCCGGCCAUCGGAUGAUAAUGAGAAGGCCUUGAAGAUCCGCUUGGAGGCUUACCACACUCAGACCACCCCUCUUGUGGAAUACUACAGUAAACGGGCAAUCCACUCUGCUGUUGAUGCAUCUCAGACUCCAGAUGUCGUGUUUGCCAGCAUCCUAGCAGCCUUCUCCAAAGCCACAUCUUAGUAGCAGAAGGCCAGGCAAGACUGCACCACUGCUCACCACCCCGCGGCGUGAUCCCUGCUCUUAGGUGCUGAGUAGAAGGGAAGGGUGCUCGGGGGGAAAGGGGAGGGGUGGUGAGGGACUCAGAGAUAAUUUGGAAGAGCAGUGCUGCUGUAGUGAAUGGGGUUUUCUUACACAUGGAUGAGAGUUUUAAAAGUAUAAAGAAAGAUUAAUU